CCAGUUUGCCAGCUCAGGUGGUUCCGUCCAGGUGGCAGGCAGGAAACCGCUUCCAAAGCGGAGCUGAAACCCGGCGAGCCGAGCAGUUUCUCCGGGGAGCGAGUGGAUUAUUAUUAUUAUUUUUCCCUGAUCUACACCGAUCUGCAAGGGACCAUGAGUGAUGGUGACAAGAACCCCGCCAGCACUCCAACCCCGGUCAUCGACGUCCAAGGGGAUGGGCGAUGGAUGUCGUUGCACCACCGUUUCAUUGCCGACAGCAAAGACAAGGAACCUGAAGUCGUCUUUAUUGGGGACUCCCUGGUGCAGCUGCUGCACCAGUUUGAGAUUUGGAGGGAGCUUUUCUCCCCGCUGCAUGCCCUCAACUUUGGCAUCGGGGGCGAUGCCACGCAGCACGUGCUCUGGCGCCUGCAGAAUGGAGAACUGCAACACAUCCGUCCAAAGAUCGUGGUACUCUGGGUAGGCACCAAUAACCACGGACACACUGCGGAACAGGUGGCUGCUGGUAUAGAAUCCAUUGUGCGUGUCAUCAAUCAACAACAACCCCAAGCCCGUGUGGUUGUGUUGGGUUUGCUGCCAAGGGGCAAAAACCCCAACCCGUUACGAGAGAAGAACAGGAGAGUGAACGAACUGCUGGAGAGUAAGGUGCCGCUUCUCCCCAAUUCCUCCUUCCUCAAUGUCGACCCGGGCUUUGUGCAUUCAGACGGGACUAUAAGCCACCAUGACAUGUAUGACUACCUGCACCUCACCCGCAACGGGUAUGCCAGAGUCUGCCCUGGACUGCACCGCUUGCUGCUCUGCCUGCUGGGAGAAUGCCAUGCUCAAACACCUUGAUGGAAGCCAUCACACACCCGAGAUGCUCGUCGUUGGCUGAGUGACUGCCGGAGGCUUAGAAACUUAGAUUGCCGUUGACUCCAGAUGGGCUGUUCUCAACCAUGACAACUGUAAGGUAAGUGGACUUCAAUUCCCAGAAUUCCCCGGUCAGCUGUGCUGGCUGGGAAAUUCUGGGAGUUGAAGUCCACCUGUCUUAAAACUUGCCAAGGUUGAAGCAGCCUGCUCCAGAGUGCCAAGUUUCCCACCCAUCCCUGGCAUUUGAAACUGGGUACUCCUUAUACUAACUCCGUAAGCCUCCGUGUGGGUUGUUUUCUAUUGGCAUUGUGCCCUGCAGCUGCCGAGAAAAAAAUUGGCACAAGACAAAGUGAAUGGGAACCUGCUGUUUUUAUGUAAUAAAACUAACUUGGAAG